CAAAACUUGUUUUGCCGCGUGUUAAACUGCGUCUGUAUUAUGGCUUUAGUGCAAGCUAACCAGUACAACGUGGUGCUAGUGGACUGGAGUGCGGCGACAAACUUCAGCUACGAGCUGACGGUGGACCUCAUCGACCACGUGGCCUCGGCCGUGGCGCAGGACCUUAAGGGCAUGCUGGACGACGGCGCCAGCCUCUGCUUCGUGUCGGGCCACAGUCUCGGAGGGCAAAUGACAGGCUACAUCUCCAGGCAUCUCAAAGCCCUGGGAGACACAGUGCCUUGCCGGCUGGCUCGCGGGGACGCCGACUGGGUCAUCGUGCUGCACUCCGACAUCUGCGGCCUGGGCAGCCUCAUCUCGCACGGCGACGCCGACUUCUACCCCAACAGCGGCUACCACGGCCAGCCCGGCUGCCCCGGCGACCGCUACGACCUCCUCGGCUUCUGCGACGACGACGACGACGGCGGCGACAGCCCCGUCCUCUUCUUCCCGCAGUGCUCGCAG